AUGGCUUACAAGCGCCGCAGGCUAGGUUCUGGUCUUGGUCCUGGGUCUGGUUCUGGUUCUGAUUCUGCCUCCCAAACCCCCGUAUCCUCGCGCCCUCAAACGUUCUCUCGGAUGAGCUCUGUUCCUCGAAGCAUUGUGCCAUCACAAUCGUCCCCUUCUCUUCCACCAAAUCCCCAUCAAGAAAGGCCGUCUUUUCGGCCGGCUCGUUCACGUGUGUCAUUGCCCUCGUCUUCCCGGGCUGGAAAUUCCCUAUCUCGAGCUCCAGAUUCUCCUCGAGCUGCAUAUGAAGAAACGGAUGCCGAGAUCCAGCAACGAGAGGGUGCCGACUCUAUGAACGAGGUCAUUAUGGCCAUCGACAUGAAGGGCGGUACCAUCGGAUGCUCUUACUAUAUCGCUAGAGAGGAGAAGUUGUGCAUGAUGCAAGACAUCAAGUAUGGUGGCCUAGAUAUCGUCGAUACCUUAAAGCUCCAUGCCCAGCCUACACGAAUUCUAAUCAGCACUCGCUCCGAGGAGAAGUUAGAAGAGCAUCUUGGCAAGGAUGCACGUGGGAUAGAUCGUGGAGAUGAAGCAAACGAUGUGUUUGGCUCGUACGUCCUUGAUUCCCAGCAAUCUACCGACUUCAAGUUUGGUUCGGCAAAGAAUAAGCUUGUGAGCCUCGAAUUGGGCGUAGACGAGACUCCCAAAAUUGUCUUCGCAGUCCCGGGAGAUGACAUGACAGGAGAGGCUAUUCGUGGAGAGCAUAGCAGCACCGGUCACCAAGGACGGCUCAUGAGACUUGCAGGAUGGAUAGAUCUUGACAGUUGCCUUACGGUCGGCUGCGCUGGCGCUUUAUUGAGUUAUAUAUCCCGAAGAAAGAAUAUUGAUUACCUGCCAAAUGAUGAAGCGGCAUUGGUGGCCUUUCGAAUUCGUACGGUUGAAAUGUUUACCCUUUCCGACCAGAUGUUCAUCAACGCCGAUACCCUGGCAUCUCUUCAGAUCAUACAGUCAGAAAAUCAUCCGAACUCGCACAAGUCCUCAUCCGGAGCGAAAGAGAGCUUGUCUGUGUUUGGACUCUUUGUUCACCUCGCCCAUACCCCACAAGGCAGGCAGAGGCUCCGGCAGAUAUUCAUGCGGCCAAGUAUGAGUUUGACAGUGAUUGAAGAGCGGCUGGAUACACUCAAGAUUCUUCUUCGGCCAGAAAACUCAUCUUCGCUAGAAAACGUCGGCAGGAGUUUGAAGCAUAUCAAAGACAUCAGAUCAGUGGUGAUCCAUCUACAGAAAGGUAUCAAUGAUAUGGGAAAAGGCAAUAGUAUAUUCAGAGGUGUUUGGGCUAAUAUUCGGAACUUCACCUUUCACACCUUGAAGAUCCUAGAGACCAUCCGUGAAAUAUACGAUGGCCGUUCGCUGGCCAUCUCAAACAAGCUCCUCGCGGAGAUUCAACCUCUGAAGAUCCAAGAUAUCGGCCAGAUGAUCACUGAAGUUGUCGAUUUUGAACGAUCAGCAGAACAGCAUCGAGCAGCAGUCUUGCAAGGAGUCGAUGCGGAACUAGACAAUCUCAAAAAAACGUACGAUGGCUUAGACAGUCUCCUUACCGAAGCCGCCAGACAUCUUUCGAACGAUGUGCCAGAGUGGGCCGCUCAGUAUGUUGAAAACUGUAUAUUCUUUCCACAACUCGGCUUUCUUACAGUCGUUUUUCUUGAUGCGGAAACUGGCAGAGGAAAAUAUGAGGGCGAAGGAAUGGAAAACGACGUAUGGGCCAAAAUUUUCAGCACGAAUGAUAUGGGGUACUACAAGAACGCCCGAAUGAAGGAGAUGGAUACAUAUUUUGGUGAUUUGUAUGGUAUGAUCUGUGACAAGGAAAUCGAAAUUGUUCACAGAUUGGCUGUCAAGGUCCUAGAACAUCAGAACCUACUCAUCUUAGCUUCAGACCUGUUAGGGGAACUUGAUAGCCUCGUUGCCCUGGCUUCGGGAGCCCGCAAAUACAAUUACAGCCCACCACGCAUGACGAGCGCCAAUGUAAUCCAGAUUGAGGGUGGCCGCCAUCCACUGCAGGAAUUGACCGUCCCAGCAUAUAUUGUAAAUGACUGUCUUCUUUCAGGUGGGAGUGGUAAUGAAGAAGAUAUCGAAGGCCAAAUGCUGCCAUCACAUCAGGGUUCGGCCAGCGUCCAGGGUGAUGUGGAAGUCCCAAGCAUGCUCAUCAUGACGGGCCCAAAUUAUUCGGGCAAGUCGGUGUAUCUGAAACAGAAUGCGUUAAUCGUUUAUAUGGCGCAUAUUGGGAGCUUUGUGCCGGCUGAACGAGCAACGAUCGGAUUGACAGACAAAAUUCUGACUAGAAUUGCGACCCGCGAGAGCGUCUCGAAGAACCAGAGCGCCUUCAUGAUUGAUCUUCAACAGAUAGCCCUGGCCACGACGCUUGCAACACACCGAAGUCUCGUAGUCAUCGACGAGUUUGGCAAAGGCACCAACUCCCAUGAUGGCGCGGGACUUUCGUGCGGCAUCUUAGAAUUCUUCCUCGAUCUACAACAUCAUCGGCCAAAGGUACUAGCCGCAACCCACUUCCACGAAAUCUUCGAAAAUGGAUUUCUUGAGGAAAGACCUGAGCUGUCGUUUGGUCACAUGGAGAUUCGUGUGGACUCUGAUGCACAUUUGGUAGAAGAUCAAAUCACAUAUUUGUACAAUUGUGUGGCAGGCCGCAGCAAUUCGAGUUUCGGUACCUGUUGUGCCGCGAUGAAUGGCAUCAAUUCAGCAAUAGUUGAGAGGGCCGAUGAGCUCAUCCUUCUAGCAGCGAGAGGUGAGGAUCUAGUCACUGUCUGCUCAAAACUCCCGGGCAAUGAAGCGAAAGAUCUGGAGGACGCGGAACAGAUAGGAAGACAAUUCCUCGAGCAAGAUUUCCCUAAGCCAGACGGCAAGGAUUACUCAGAAUUCGACGUUCGAACUACCCUGCAAAACAUUCUCGCAGUUGCUUCAACAUGA